AGAUUCCUCCCUUCUCCCGAUUGGCUGCCAGGAAUUUGACUAGAUUCGGAGUCUCGCGGGCUCCAGGGUUAGUUGUCAGUAUCUUUCCCAGUUGUUCCGCCCCCUACCCCCGCCCCCCGCACCGCGCCCCUCUCCGGCUGCCCUCUCCGCGUGGGGCAAGGCUCCGAGGGCAGUAUUCAGUAGCCAUUUAGCUUUGGAAGGAGAGGUGAUUCGAAUGGCCCGGCUCCUCCUGUCACCAUGCUAGGCACUUUGGCCGCGCAGGUGCUGACCUGAACCUGGUUCAUCCCUUUCUGACCAAAACUGUUCACUCACCGUGGAAGGGACUAAGCAUCCAUAUGGAGACGCCACCAGUCAAUACAAUUGGAGAAAAGGACACCUCUCAGCCGCAACAAGAGUGGGAAAAGAACCUUCGGGAGAACCUUGAUUCAGUUAUUCAGAUUAGGCAGCAGCCCCGAGACCCUCCUACCGAAACGCUUGAGCUGGAAGUAAGCCCAGAUCCAGCCAGCCAAAUUCUAGAGCAUACUCAAGGAGCUGAAAAACUGGUUGCUGAACUUGAAGGAGACUCUCAUAAGUCUCAUGGAUCAACCAGUCAGAUGCCAGAGGCCCUUCAAGCUUCUGAUCUCUGGUACUGCCCCGAUGGGAGCUUUGUCAAGAAGAUCAUAAUCCGUGGCCAUGGCUUGGACAAACCCAAACUAGGCUCCUGCUGCCGGGUACUGGCUUUGGGGUUUCCUUUCGGAUCAGGGCCGCCAGAGGGCUGGACAGAGCUAACUAUGGGCGUAGGGCCAUGGAGGGAGGAAACUUGGGGGGAGCUCAUAGAGAAAUGCUUGGAGUCCAUGUGUCAAGGUGAGGAAGCAGAGCUUCAGCUGCCUGGGCACUCUGGACCUCCUGUCAGGCUCACACUGGCGUCCUUCACUCAAGGCCGAGACUCCUGGGAGCUGGAGACUAGCGAGAAGGAAGCCCUGGCCAGGGAAGAACGUGCAAGGGGCACAGAACUAUUUCGAGCUGGGAACCCUGAAGGAGCUGCCCGAUGCUAUGGACGGGCUCUUCGGCUGCUCCUGACUUUACCCCCACCUGGCCCUCCAGAACGAACUGUCCUUCAUGCCAAUCUGGCUGCCUGUCAGUUGUUGCUAGGGCAGCCUCAGUUGGCAGCCCAGAGCUGUGACCGGGUGUUGGAGCGGGAGCCUGGCCAUUUAAAGGCCUUAUACCGAAGGGGGGUUGCCCAGGCUGCCCUUGGGAACCUGGAAAAAGCAACUGCUGACCUCAAGAAGGUGCUGGCGAUAGAUCCCAAAAACCGGGCAGCCCAGGAGGAACUGGGGAAGGUGGUCAUUCAGGGGAAGAACCAGGAUGCAGGGCUGGCUCAGGGUCUGCGCAAGAUGUUUGGCUGAUUAAAAGUUAAACCUUAAAAGAGA